CAGCUGCAGGUCGUGUUCGGCAGCGAGUGCGCAAGCGUGUGGCGCGAUCUGGGCGUGGUUCGCCUGUUCGUCGAUGCCCACUUUUUCGAGGAGAACGCCGCCGAGGCCAUGGGCGUUGAUCGCGAACAGCCCAUCACCGUCAUCAUCUCGUUCGGCGAGGGCUACCUCGAAAACGACACGGUGCCCAAGGUGGAGGUGAAGCAGUUGAAGAACCCCCGCUUCGCUCUCGAGUUUCAGCUCACCCAGAUUGCUCAGAAGUUCAUGAAGGAGAGUUGGCCGAAGCGUAAGAUGGGCGUCUCCCUGCCGUCGACCACCGAGAAGAAGGAGGUGGCCAAGAUGAAGCUCCGCACGAACGAUGUCGGCAACCUGGUGAAGCAGGGAUUCGAUCAGCUCGCUGCUGCCAAUGCCCUGGAAAUCACCGACAACGACUUUGCCAAGGCCAUCAAGCUCCUCAACUCGCAGGGCGGGCACGUCGACAUUGCCGAGCUCAGCUCGUCCGAAGAGGCGAAGCACAACUUCCUGGGUUGGGUGAUGACCUACAUGCUCGGUCGUAUGCGCAACUGUACCUCGUACUGCUUGAUCUGCGACGUGAAGCUCGAGGGCAGCGGUGUCAAGCCCGUCGUGUGUUCCAACGAGCAGUGCGUGUGGCGCUACGAGGAACUGGGUCUCGGCGUCAAGGUCACCAACGAGCUCAUGCUCGACGAAGACGUCGUUGACCUGCUCAUGUCCAUGCUCUUUUCCGCUUGGUAUCCAGCUCUCCGAUUUUAUUAG